AUGGCGGCGGCGCUGGGCCGGGGGCUGGACAUCAGCCUGGCGGCGCUGCGGCAGCACGACCCCUACAUCAGCGGCAUCGUGGACGUGGCCAGCCAGGUGGCGCUCUACACCUUCGGCCACCGUGCCAGCCAGUGGGAGAAGACGGAUGUGGAGGGAACACUGUUUGUUUACACGAGAUCGGCUUCUCCAAGGCAUGGUUUCACAAUUAUGAACAGACUGAGCAUGGAAAAUCGAACGGAACCUAUUACUAAAGACCUCGAUUUCCAGCUCCAGGACCCUUUUCUGCUCUACAGAAAUGCGAGAUUGUCCAUAUAUGGGAUUUGGUUUUAUGAUAAGGAAGAAUGCCAAAGAAUUGCAGAGCUCAUGAAAAACCUAACUCAACAGGAACAAUUCAAAGCACAGCAGGGCACAGGAACAGGGGUGUCCCCCAUGAUUAUGAAUUCUGCUAAUAACAAAGAAGUGGAUAUCUUACGGAUGCUUACCAAGGCCAAAGAUGAGUAUACCAAGUGUAAGACGUGCUCAGAGCCAAAACAAAUAACCAGUUCCUCUGCAAUCUAUAGCAACCCCAACCUAAUCAAACCCAUUCCAGUGAAGCCGAGUGAGAAUCAGCAUCAGAGAAUCUCCCAGCAGAGCAAGGGUGUGGAUCCUGAACCCCAGCACUUGUCUUUGACAGCACUGUUUGGCAAACAGGACAAGGCAGAUGUCUCCGAACCACUCAAUAAGCAGCACCAGGAGAACCUCCCUGUCAGGCAGGGCGUGGUUCGCUCGUUGUCCUACGAGGAGCCCAGCAGGCACUCCCCCAGUGCAGAGAAGCCGCUGUGCCCUGCCAUACAGAAGCUCAUGGUGCGUGGCACAGAGCUCCAUCCCCUCGCUGAGUUCCCUGAGAGUCGCCUCUGUGAAAAUGGCAAUGUCCCCCCCGUGGGGGAGACUUUCUCAGGACUCUUCCAGCCUGUGACUUCCCACGGCAUGGCAACAACUCACGGAGCUCAGGACACUGCUGGCACUCAGAGCUUACUGCAGAAGUUGCAAAGUCAGUCAGGGUCGGUGACUACAGUGGACCCCAGUGCUACAGGACCUGUGAACUCCACAGUUUCCGUGUUCAGCAGGACUCCUGCUCCUGUUGGAGCACCAGCAGCACCAGUAAAUAACAUGAGCCAGCCCCCUCUGGUGUAUUUCAAUGGGCCCAUACCAGGCCAGACUUUAGAGGCUCAGACACUUAGUAAAGAAAAAUCCAAACUUCCCAGACGGUCACUUCCUCUCUCUGGCAAUCAAACAGCCAAUUCUGGGGUGAUUUCACCUCAAGAACUAUUGAAAAAACUCCAGAUAGUACAACAAGAACAGCAGCUCCAUGUAUCCAGCAGACCAACGUUGGCAGCUAAGUUCCCAGUUGUCACCCAGAACACCAAUACCCUGAAACCACUGGAUUCUUGGAUAGAAAAGGCUCCAGGAACAGAAAAACAGAGCGCUCUCUUCCAGGUCAUCUCCCCUCAGCGCAUUCCUGCCACUGUGACCCCCACCCUGCUGAUGUCCCCCAUGGUGUUCACCCAGCCCACGCCCGCUCCACCCAAAGCCACUGACAGCGGGCGCUUGGCCGCAGCAAACCCUGAGCCAGCUGCCAGCUCGGCCAGCCUGCUCCUGCCCCUGCCUGCCCCAGAGCCAGCCGUGGCCAGCAGCACCUCCAUCACCAAGCUGCAGCUGCAGGAAACACUUCUGCACCUCAUCCAGAAUGAUGACAACUUCUUAAACAUUAUUUAUGAAGCAUAUCUCUUCAGUGUGAGGAAGGCGGCGCUGAAAAAGUCUAUGUGA